CCCAGGUCCGGCCCACAGGGGGAGUGGUCUGGUGAUGUCGCCGUGUUUGGAGCGCUGUUUCCCGGCCAGCCUCCCAGCUGUGUGCCGCUGUGAUUUCCUCCUCUUCCUCUCCGGUACUCCCAGCAGGGCCGUGCUACCGCUGUCUCCGGUUAAAGAUGGAGCUCCGGACGAUCCUCCCCGCUCUGCUCUUCCUCUCCGCCGCCUGUCUGCAGCCGGUGUCCGGCGCGUCUUCACGGACAGGACCGAAAGUCACGGAGAAGGUGUUUUUUGACAUCACAGUGGCGGGUCACGAGGUGGGGCGCAUCGUCAUCGGCCUUUUUGGGGAGGUCGUCCCCCUCACUGUCAAUAACUUUGUUGCCCUGGCAACCGGAGAGAAAGGUUACGGCUACAAAGGGACAAAGUUCCACAGAGUCAUCAAGGACUUCAUGAUCCAGGGAGGAGACUUCACAGCUGGAGAUGGAACUGGAGGUCACAGCAUCUACGGAACGACUUUUGCAGAUGAAAACUUCAAACUGAAGCAUUUGGGAGCAGGCUGGGUGAGUAUGGCAAACGCUGGUCCUGACACCAACGGCUCACAGUUCUUCAUCCUGGCUGCCAGAGCGCCGUGGCUCGACGGGAAACACGUGGUUUUUGGGAAAGUCCUGGACGGGAUGUCUGUGUUUCACACCAUCGAGCUCCAGGACACCAACGACAGGAACCUGCCGUACACCGAGUGUGUGAUCGUCAAUAGCGGCAAGAUCCCCGUCAAAGAGCCCUUCAUCGUGGAGGUGGAGGGCUGGUAGACGCCACUGUGAGAAGGUUUACUGUACCACAAAGACAUUACAUGAUAAUUAUAUACUGGAGAUCAAUCAGAAGUCCAGUUUGCCAAAUUCACAUUCUCAUAUCAUCACUUUUACUUUUGACGUGCUAACACUAACAUGCUAGCAAGUAAAGCAUAUCAUCGUUUGAAAUAUGUUUAUACAAUACACAAGUUUCUGUAUUGAUACCAAAACUAAUUUUUUAAAGACUCUUAAGAAUAUAAAUAUGCUUUUCUUUUUUUUGUUCAACAUAACAGAAAUUUUGUCUUUAAACAAACGCAAGUGAUCAGAAAAUAUUAUUUAAACCUGGAAACAUCUGAUCAAACAAGACUAAAAAUCUGAAAAUGCAGCUCUCAAUAUUUUAGUUUUUGGACAUAUUUCAUUUGGUAGAUAAAAACAUAAACGUUCCAUAUUCAGCCCAAUUAGCAAGCUAAAAUGAACAUGGAGCAUCCUGAAUGGAAACCUGUUUACGUCCCAGCUGUGACAUGUUUGGUCCCGAUCACACAGAAGGCAUUUUGCAGGUUGCAGAACAUGAGGCAAACUGCACUGCCUUUGUUUAAAACCAAAUGCCACGAGUAAAAAAAUCGCUUGCUGCGUUUUCUUAUUGUAGCCAGGCAACCACCCCAUCACCUCCUUAUUCUAACCUUCCCAUGUAAUGAAGCUACCUUUUAUAUUUUAUUUAGUACCUAGUUCCUUAAAUGUUGAGGAACUUGCUGUAGCUCUGGUUGAGGCUGAGAGGCUGUCAGCAAAAACAGUACUUUGUUGGAUCAUGGGGAGUACCACCAGUUGGUCCAGGAGCUUCUCCUCCAUCAUGGACGUUUACAGUACUGCACUUAUCUGCUUCCACGUCUGCUGUUCUCUAUUCAGAUGGUGCUAACUGUGGUUUGUAAAGUCGUAUAGCUCUGGGUAUCCAGCAACCACUACCACCAGUUUCUCCUCCAUUGUUUACCAACUGUAAACUUGUUGUCAUGACCACCACAGAAGGCCCGCCUCUCAAAUCAUCCCAUUGGACAUUGGCAGAAAAGACGGAGAGGAUGUGGCUGUUCUGAGUUGAAGUUUUUUUCAACUCGCGGAGUUCAGAGCGCAGAAAUCCAAGUCGCGUAGAGACGCAAAAACAGCGAGCAAAAAGUUUCAUUCUCAUUAAAAACUGUUACAAAAAGCCGCCUCCUGCUGCUAAAACACUUUCUGUGUGAUCAGGCCCUUACACAGCUUUCCUUUUUUUAAAUAGUUCAGUUAACCUAGAAAAAAUAAACACGACUUCUGAUUGAUUUCCACUGUAUGCAGAGAUAAUAUAUAAAUUACAGAUUAAGCUAUGAACAGAUCAUAUGCACAUAAGAAGGGAAGAUUUUUAUCAACUUUUUGACAACAGGAAACAAAGAAAAAUUAAUUUGUGGUGACAUCGGACUUGUUAAAAGUCUAACUGGGUUUGGAGAUCAGAUUAAAUGACACAACGUUGAAUUUAUCAUAGAUAGUAAAGGAACACACAAACAUUUCCACGUCAUAGGCUACUAUUCUCUAUGCUCAGGUGAAAACCUCAUAUCUCCAAAAUGUCCGCUUUUUCAGGAUUGUAGCAAAAAUGCCACAUUUUAAACAAAAUUUUGAAAAUGAAACGACUUUACGACCGCAGGUUUUGGAUUUUCUUGUAAAGCUGGAGUGCAGAACGUUUGUCUCUCCCCUCCGGAAGCAAGAGUGAUUACAUAAACACUGUCUGUGUGUGCUUAUCAUAGAUGUAUAAUGAUACCUAGAUACCAGACCUCUAGGUGGCGCCAAGUUGCUCGCCCGGGGCAUACACCAAAAAGAGUUUCUAGCUUGUGGGUUUACUUCAACGGUAUGCAGCCCACUGAAUAUGCGCAGUGGUGUUUCACAUGCUGGCCCCAUCCAAGAGUUCCCAGUCGGCUCAUAGACUUUACAUUGUCAUGACAUUGCAGAUUUUUAAAUUGCUUUUGUCAGCUCGAGAAAAAAUUUACAAAUAUAAACCCUCCAUUGAUAAACAAUCAUAAUAGAAAGAGUCAUAAGUUACUUUGUUUGUAUGCAGUUGUAUUUUAUAAUGGUGGUCUAUGGGGGAAAUGCUUUUUGAGCUGCAGGGGAUUUACUCCUGCAAUACCACGAGCGGCCACCGAGAAACACUGAAUGAAGAAUGAAAAGCAGUGCCAAACAGAAGAAGACUUUAGAUCCAGAUUUUAGAGCGUAUACGGGCGCAUUUAUACUCCCUUCACGAAUGAAAAUAGAAACGUCUGUUUCAAACGUACUAAACGUCACUGCCCUCAUACGUCCAUGUGUCCUUUACGCUGGCAUAGAUACAGCCAAUAGAUGGCACUAGAGGGCGGAGUCAAAAGUUUCACACAACAACAAUUGAGGUGAUGGAGGAGAUCGUAACAUUGAACCUCUUAACGGAGGCGGUGUUGUAGACAGCGGUGGUCUGUGAGGCCGUUAAAUACAUCAAGAUGUGGAUGGAGAGUAUAUACUGCACUGUAUUACCAAUCGUUACAAUACACCCGUUUUAAAAUGUCUUUGUUGUGACCUACGUUUGAUUCUCGCUUGAAAUGGUAGUACGUACUCCAUUUCAAUCAGAUCUGUAAGCUUUAACAAAACAUGCACUAAUAUGAACGAAAUGAGCGCAGAGUACAGACAGAAGGCUGCAUCUGUGUCCGUAUACGUAUCUAACAUUGAGCAUAAAUGAGCCCAACUCUACUGUCAUUAAAAAAAAAACUUAUUAUUAAAUGAAGCAAUACACAUAUUGAAAAAUUUAACUCUGUGGUAUUAACUUCCUGUGUUCCUGCAUAGAUUUUUUUUAACCAUUUGCAUUUUUUUUAUUUGUGAUGCACUCCGUGUAAAACGACUUCUCAUACACAAGCGUAAUACAAACCAUCAGAACCUGGAGAUAUGAGGUUUUCAGCCUGUAGUGACACAUUGUAUGCAGAGAGGAGUUGUUGGUUUUCAUCAGGCUCACUGUGGUUCAUGCUAACGGUUCUAUACGUUAGCAUACUUGCGUAUUUAGCGGAUGGUGUCAGUUAGCAUCAUCCCUGAAACUCUGUCAAACUAAAGGAACUGUGACUCGAACAUGAUGAACCUCAUGGAGACUUGCACUCACAGAACAUGUAGCUCCUCUUAAAUGUCGUAUUGCCAAAAUCAUUCUUUAUUUGCCAAAUGAUUCUUGCACUUCCUAUGCAUCUAAUCGAUACUAACAUAUCUUCAUCACUGUUAUCAAACAUAUGCAAAAAAACUAACUCUGUAGCAAGUGUCAAAUGCCAUUCUCGUACUUUAUUUUCUAUCUUUCCAUCAUUGAAAAUGAAGAUUCCCUUUUUCAUGUUUUGAAUAAACAGGAUCUUCCUGAUGCAUUAUAUCAUGUUUGCAAAAACUACAGCACAAAUUGCACAGGAAGGAAAAAGUGUUGAGGUGGGUAUUAAUACUGUAGCUGUCCUCUUAAUGCUGAUUUAAAACGUACUUUGUGUUAGAAGUAUGAUGUUGCUGACCAUCACCAGGACAGAGGACUUAUUCCAACUGUUAAUGUUUUAUCUUUUGUUGUUUGUAAUGUUACUUUGUGAUUUCAGUUAACCCCAAACUGUCACUGUAGCAUUAUAAUCUAGAAGAGUUCUGACUGAUUUUCCUCAUCUCACUGAAGUGAGAAAUGUCUGUAACAAACAUAUCAGGAGUUCUGUUUUCAUUAUUUAUAGUAACAGCAAAGACGAGUGCCAACAGGUGUGUUUUCUACAAUAAACAAGAUGCUGUUGCAAAA